GAGCUGUGAGUUGUGAUCUCGGGGGCCUGAGGGCGGGGCAGGGAGCAGGCCGGGGGCUGCGGGGAGGGGACACUUCCCGCGGGCGCGCGGAGCGAGGACGGUGACAGCCACGCGCGCACGUGCGCGCCUGGCUGCGGCGCGGCCCCGAGACCUCCGUCAGCCGCUGAGAGGCGCGCGGGAUCUGGGCCGCUGCCGUCUAGGGGCCCCGUCCCCGGGUGACCCCAGCGUCCUCGGCUCGAGUCCCGGAGCUCCGGGCCGAGUCCGCCCCGUCGGUCCUCGCUCGCGUUCCCUUCCUACGGCCGUAAGGGCUCGCCCCGCAACUCCACCUUUCCGCUCCCGGGGCAGGGUCCUCGCGGCCCAUGCUGGCCGCUUGGGGCCCGCGCGGCUCAGACAGCUCCCAGGCUGGCCACCCGGCCACCAUGGUGGCCCUGAGGCCUGUGCAGCUCCUCCAGGGGGGCUAACAGUCCCAAAGCGCAGGUCUCGGGACGCGAGGGUCCCGGGCCUGAGCCCCGCACCAUGGCCGGGGCCAUCGCUUCCCGCAUGAGCUUCAGCUCGCUCAAGAGGAAGCAGCCCAAGACGUUCACCGUGCGGAUCGUCACCAUGGACGCCGAGAUGGAGUUCAAUUGCGAGAUGAAAUGGAAAGGGAAGGACCUAUUUGAUUUGGUGUGCCGGACCCUGGGGCUUCGGGAAACCUGGUUCUUUGGACUGCAGUACACAAUCAAGGACACCGUGGCCUGGCUCAAAAUGGACAAGAAGGUGCUGGAUCAUGAUGUUUCAAAGGAAGAGCCGGUCACCUUUCACUUCCUGGCCAAAUUUUAUCCUGAGAAUGCCGAGGAGGAGCUGGUUCAGGAGAUCACGCAACAUUUAUUCUUCUUGCAGGUAAAGAAGCAGAUUUUAGAUGAAAAGAUCUACUGCCCUCCCGAGGCCUCUGUGCUCCUGGCUUCUUACGCCGUCCAGGCUAAGUACGGUGACUACGACCCCUCUGUUCACAAGCGGGGAUUUUUGGCCCAAGAGGAAUUGCUUCCCAAAAGGGUGAUAAAUCUGUAUCAAAUGACUCCAGAAAUGUGGGAGGAAAGGAUUACAGCCUGGUACGCAGAGCACCGAGGCCGAGCCAGGGACGAAGCUGAAAUGGAAUAUUUGAAGAUAGCUCAGGACCUGGAGAUGUAUGGCGUGAACUACUUUGCAAUCCGGAAUAAAAAGGGCACAGAGCUGCUGCUUGGAGUGGAUGCUCUGGGGCUUCACAUCUAUGACCCCGAGAACAGGCUGACCCCCAAGAUCUCCUUCCCGUGGAAUGAAAUCCGAAACAUCUCGUACAGUGACAAAGAGUUUACUAUUAAACCAUUGGAUAAGAAAAUCGAUGUCUUCAAGUUUAACUCCUCAAAGCUUCGUGUUAAUAAGCUGAUUCUUCAGCUCUGUAUCGGGAACCAUGAUCUUUUCAUGAGGAGAAGGAAGGCUGAUUCUUUGGAAGUUCAGCAGAUGAAAGCCCAGGCCAGGGAGGAGAAAGCUAGAAAGCAGAUGGAGCGGCAGCGCCUCGCUCGAGAGAAGCAGAUGAGGGAGGAGGCUGAACGCACGAGGGACGAGUUAGAGAGGAGGCUGUUGCAGAUGAAAGAAGAAGCGACAAUGGCCAACGAAGCACUGAUGCGGUCUGAGGAGACGGCUGACCUGUUGGCGGAAAAGGCCCAAAUCACUGAGGAGGAGGCAAAACUCCUGGCACAGAAGGCUGCAGAGGCCGAACAGGAAAUGCAGCGCAUCAAGGCCACGGCCAUUCGGACCGAGGAAGAGAAACGCCUGAUGGAGCAGAAGGUGCUAGAGGCCGAGGUGCUGGCACUGAAGAUGGCUGAGGAGUCAGAGAGGAGGGCCAAGGAGGCUGAUCAGCUGAAGCAGGACCUGCAGGAAGCUCGCGAGGCAGAGCGAAGAGCCAAGCAAAAGCUCCUGGAAAUCACCACCAAGCCCACAUACCCGCCCAUGAACCCAAUUCCAGCACCUUUGCCUCCUGACACGCCAAGCUUCAACCUCAUUGGCGACAGCCUGUCGUUCGACUUCAAGGAUACGGACAUGAAGCGGCUUUCCAUGGAGAUUGAGAAAGAGAAAGUGGAGUAUAUGGAGAAGAGCAAGCACCUGCAGGAGCAGCUCAAUGAACUCAAGACUGAGAUCGAGGCGCUGAAACUCAAAGAGAGGGAGACGGCCUUGGACAUUCUGCAUAACGAGAACUCGGACCGGGGUGGUACCAGCAGCAAGCACAACACUAUUAAAAAGCCUCAAGCCCAAGGCAGAAGACCUAUCUGCAUUUGAGCCCUCAAACUCACCUUGCAGAGCGCCAAAUCCCGAGUGGCCUUCUUUGAAGAGCUCUAGCAGGUGACUCAGCCACCCCUGGAUCUGCCACUUCUGCUGCUCCCUACACCAGCAGGAUGGGUCAGACACCGUGGGAGCCACCCAUAGGUGGGCUGGCUGGGAGCUUCCAUGGAACUCUGGACCUUCCUCCAGCUGAGUGGAGAACCCAACCCCCUUCAUGUGCAAUUGCCUGGAACGAUGACCCUGCAGAGAUUUCUCUCGGGUUCUAGUUCUCCUGAGUCUUUAAAUUUCUUAAGAAGUUUUUGUCUUUCCUCGU